AUGUUACGGACUCUGAUUUUUACAGUUCGCCAUGCUCUUCGGGGCUCACUUACGACCCAUACUACCGCCUACUGGUACGCUACUCACUCAUAUCGUGCUUUUGGCACCACAACCUCGUUAUUAGCAAAAGCCAAAAAAGUGAAAAAUUCAAAAGUGAAAAAUACAAAAGGUAAAGAAGAUGACGCUGAAGAGGCAGGGGAAACCCCAGAAAUAGACUUUGACGAUGCUAAACGGAAGAUGAACGAGGUCAUUGAAAAGUUUUCCAAACUGGCUAACGAGGCUAAACUUGGAAGAACAAGUCCACUGAUCUUUGACCAUUUGAGUGUCGACACCGAGUUUGGUCCUCAGCCAUUUACGUCAGUAGCACAAACUUCCAUCAAAGGUCGAAAUUUCUUGAUCACUGUGUUCGACACGGCAAACUCCCAGAGUAUCAUCAAUGCGGUUUUGGGCUCCAAUCUCAAUAUGAACCCACAAGUUGAUCCUUCCAACAAGCUGGCACUCAAGGUUCCAUUGCCGCCAUUGACGGUCGAGUCGAAGAAAGAGAGCGCCAAGCAGCUCAAGGGAGUAUACGAGAAGUUCAAAAAUGGCUCUGGCAAACUCACAUUGGCAUCUAUAAGAGCGGAAGUUAGAACCAAGUUCACUAAGAAGAAGAAAAAGUUGAGCGACGACGAAGAGAAAAUGUUGAAGGACUUUGAAAAGUUACACAAGGAGUAUGUGGAUAAGUUGUCGGACUCGUUCAAGAGUGCGGAGCUGGUUAUAUUGAAGUAG